AUGUUGAAUUCUAGUCCAGUCCCCCAUGGUUAUCAAUUUCGUCCCUCAAGACAAGAAAUUUUCAUUCGUUUCCUUUUCCCAAUUGUAACUGGAGAGUGUUUGCCUUCUAGUCCUUUAAUCCAGGUUGAUAUUUAUGGUGAAAAUAAAGAGCCCUGGAAUAUUUUCGACAAAAAUUCGAAAACUUCGUAUUGGGUUUUCACUAAGUUGAAGAAGAAGAGUAAAUUGAGAAUCGAUCGGACCGCCGGUUCGGGAUGUUGGCUUGCUCGGAAUGCGAAAGAAGUUUAUGAUGACAGUGGUAAGCUUUUAGGGUAUCAUAAGUAUUUUACUUUUAGUUGCAAAAACGAUGAAUGUAUGAAUCUGGAUAAUGGGCAUUGGAUUAUGCAUGAGUUUUCUUUGAAACGGGAAGAUUCGAACGAUUCUGUUAUUUGCGAGAUUAGAAAUAAAAAUGCCGCUGAUUCGGAUUCGGAUUCGAAAUUGAAUAUGAAGAAGAGAAGAAUCUUAAGUUCGAAGAAGAAUCAUGAAGAGAUGAACCUACCUUCAAAGCCAAAUGAUGAAGAGAUGGGGUUGAUUUCGAUAUUCUCUAGUUCAGAUGAUAAAGAUUUGAGUAGCGAUGUUACUUUUGAGACCAGAAAUAGGAAUGAUGGUUUGGAUUUGAAUUUAAAUUUGAAGUUGAACGAAGAAAAUACGAGAUUUUAUGUGAAUUGUGAAGAUCCUAAGGUUAUAUAUAAAGAUGUUGCAGGUUCAAAUCUAAAUUCGAAUAAGUUGGAGUUAGAUGAUGAAGAGAUGGAGUCAAUUUCGAGAUUCUCUAAUUCAAAUCACGAAGAUUUGAGCAGCGAUGUUACUUUUGGGAUCGGAUAUAGGAACGAUAGUUUGGGUUUAAAUUUGAAUUUGAAGUCGAAAGAUGAAGAUAUGAGAUUUUAUAUAAAUCAUGAAGAUGAAAAUAGGCAUUAUUUACGACAAAAUAUAAGGAUUAGUGACGAUUCUCUGCUUUAUAUUUUUCCAAAUUUUAUCAUUGAAUCAAACAAGUUUGAAGAGGAAAAUUUGUUCAAAUCCAUAUAUGAAAAUCUAUCCAAAUCUGAAAAUGGUUAA